CCCGCCGCUGCCGCCGCCGCCUGCCCAGCGGCCCGGGAGGCGGAGGCGCGGGGGAGGAGGCCCCGCUCGGCUCCGCAGUCCCGGAUGCUGUAUGACUUCAUCCUUCCGCCGGCUCCCCUGCUGAGCUAGGGCCGGUCCGGCAGCUAGCCUCUGCCCGUGCCCCGCCGCAGUCCCUAGCCCGCCCGGUGCCCGCCAUGUCCGAGAUCCUACCCUACGGCGAGGACAAGAUGGGCCGCUUCGGCGCAGACCCCGAGGGCUCCGACCUCUCUUUCAGCUGCCGCCUGCAGGACACCAACUCCUUCUUCGCCGGCAACCAGGCCAAGCGGCCCCCCAAGCUGGGCCAGAUCGGCCGAGCCAAGAGAGUGGUGAUCGAGGAUGACCGGAUAGACGACGUGCUGAAGGGGAUGGGGGAGAAGCCUCCGUCCGGAGUGUAGACGCGCCGGCUCUGGCGGCGGGCUCCGGGCCCAGCCCCG